CGGGGACGGGGCACGGCCGCGGGCCGGGCCGGGGGCUCAGCUGCCUCUCGGGCGGCUCGUACUUCUUGAUCCCCGUUCUCCGCCUCUCCCCCGGCCCGUCUCCGCACUCCGUGUACUUUUUCUGGGCUUUUUUUUUCUUCUUUUUUUUUCUUUUUUUUUUUUUUUUUUUCGGUCGUUGGCGGCGGAGCGGAAGGAGGAUGGGGUUCGAGCUGGAUCGCUUCAGCGGGGAGGUGGAUCCCGACUUCAAGUGCAACCUGUGCAACAAGGUGCUGGAGGACCCGCUGACCACCCCCUGCGGACACGUCUUCUGCGCGGGCUGCGUGCUGCCCUGGGUGGUGCAGCAGGGCAGCUGCCCCGUCAACUGCCAGCGCAUCUCCACCAAGGAGCUCAACCACGUCCUGCCCCUCAAGAGCCUCAUCCUCAAGCUGGACAUCAAGUGCGACAACCACGCGCGGGGCUGCGAGGCCGUGGUGCCGCUGCAGCACCUGGGCGAGCACGCCGAGACCUGCGACUUCUCUCCGGCCAAGUGCCGCAACCGCGGCUGCCGCCAGGUGCUCAACCUGCGCGACGUGGAAGCGCACAUGCGGGAGCGCUGCGAGGCGCGGCCCGCGGGGCUGUGCGAGCAGGGCUGCGGGCUGAUGCUGACCCACGGCGAGCGCCGGGCCGGCGGCCACGGCUGCCUGCGGGCGCUGCGCGCACACGGGGCCGCGCUGCAGGCGCGGGCGGCCGCGCUGGAGAAGGCGCUGAAGAAGGAGGCUCUGCGCGCAGGCAAGCGGGAGCAGUCGCUGCUGUCGCGGCUGGCGGCGGCGCAGCUGGAGCUGCAGGUGACGGCGCUGCGCUACCAGAAGCGUUUCACGCAGUACAGCGCCCGCCUGGACGCGCUGGCCCGAGCCCGCGCGGCCGAGCCCGGCAAGGGUGAAGAAACUAAAGCACUGACUCUGGUCCUCCAUCGGGACUCUGGAUCUCUUGGAUUUAAUAUUAUUGGUGGCCGGCCGUGCGUGGACAAUCAGGAUGGGUCAUCGAGCGAAGGAAUUUUUGUGUCGAAAAUAGUUGACAGCGGGCCUGCUGCUAAGGAAGGAGGGCUGCAAAUCCACGACAGGAUUAUCGAGGUCAAUGGGAAGGAUUUAUCCAAAGCCACCCACGAGCAGGCGGUGGAAGCGUUCAAAACAGCCAAGGAGCCCAUCGUGGUGCAGGUGCUGAGGAGGGCCCCGCGCGCCAAGGCCUUCGGCGCGGCCCACGAGCCGCAGCUGGUGGAUGUGGGCACGCAGACCGACAUCACCUUCGAGCACAUCAUGGCCCUCAGCAAGAUGGGCUCGCCCACACCUCCUGUCCCCGUGCUGGACUCCUACCUGCUGCCUGAGGACCAUCCAUCCGUGCAUGAAUACUACGACCCAAAUGACUACAUGGGAGGAAUUCAUCAAGAAAUGGACCGGGAUGAGUUGGAAUUAGAGGAAGUGGAUUUACACCGAGUGAACAGCCAGGACAAGCUUGGCCUCACUGUCUGUUACAGAACGGAUGAUGAAGAUGACAUGGGUAUUUAUGUGAGUGAGAUUGACCCCAACAGCAUCGCUGCGAAGGACGGGCGGCUCCGAGAAGGGGAUCGCAUUAUCCAGAUCAAUGGCAUCGAGGUGCAGAACCGAGAGGAAGCUGUGGCACUUCUCUCCAGUGAGGAGAGCAAGAAUAUCUCCUUACUUGUGGCAAGACCAGAAAUUCAGCUGGAUGAAGGAUGGAUGGAUGAUGACAGAAACGAUUUUCUGGAUGACUUGCACAUGGACAUGUUAGAGGAACAGCACCACCAGGCAAUGCAAUUUACUUCCAGCAUGCUUCAGCAGAAGAAGCACGAGGAGGAUGGAGGCACCACAGACACAGCCACGAUUUUGUCCAACCAGCACGAGAAGGACAGCGGCGUGGGGCGCACGGACGACAGCACUCGCAACGACGAGAGCUCCGAGCAGGAGAACAACGGGGACGAUCACACCACCUCCUCCAACACUUUGGGGAGCCAGAAGAAGCUGACCUACAGCCACGACACCCUGGGAAGUGGGGACAUGCAGUUCAGCAAUGAGUCGUUCAUCUCGGCCGACUGCACCGACGUCGACUUCCUGGGCAUCCCUGUGGACGAGUGCGAGCGGUUCCGGGAGCUGCUGGAGCUGAAGUGCCAGGUGAAGUCUGCCAACCCCUACAGCCUGUAUUACCAUAACAGCACCCUGGAGAUGAGCAAAAGCGACCAAGAGAGCGUCGACAGAGAGCUGGAGAUGCUCAACGAGGAGCUGCGCAACAUCGAGCUGGAGUGCCUGAACAUCGUGAGAGCCCACAAAAUGCAGCAGCUGAAGGAGCAGUACCGGGAGCCCUGGAUGCUGCACAACAGCGGCUUCCGAAACUACAACACCAGCAUCGACGCCCGCAGGCACGAGCUCUCGGACAUCACCGAGCUGCCCGAGAAAUCUGACAAGGACAGCUCGAGUGCCUACAACACGGGCGAGAGCUGCCGGAGCACUCCGCUCACGCUGGAGAUCUCCCCCGACAAUUCCCUGCGCAGAACUGCAGAAGGCAUUAACUGUCAAGGAAACGAGGGGGCAGUGGCGUAUAAUGUCUCCCAAAAGAAUCCGUGCGCCGGCUCGGAGAGCCAUGAAUCCAGCGCUGGGAAAUGCCACUCCUCCACUAAAGAUCCCGACCUUGGCAAGCAGCUGGAGAGCAAGGAGAGGAAAGGCAGCGAUGGCAGCAAAAGCCCCACUCACGGUCAGAAAGCCUCGGGCUCCUACGCGUCCCCCUACCACCACUCCCCGUACAAACAUGCUCACAUCCCUGCCCACGCCCAGCACUACCAGAGCUACAUGCAGCUGAUCCAGCAGAAAUCUGCCGUGGAAUACGCGCAGAGCCAGAUGAGCCUGGUGAGCAUGUGCAAGGACUUGGCCUCGGGCCAGAGCGAGCCGAGGAUGGAGUGGAAGGUGAAGGUCAGGAGCGACGGGACGCGCUACAUCACCAAGAGGCCGGUGAGGGACAGGCUGCUGAGGGAACGGGCCAUAAAGAUCAAGGAGGAGCGCAGUGGGAUGACCACGGAUGACGACGCCAUCAGUGAGAUGAAGAUGGGCCGGUACUGGAGCAAGGAGGAGAGGAAGCAGCACUUGGUGAAAGCCAAGGAGCAGAGGAGGCGGCGGGAGUUCAUGAUGCAGAGCAGGUUAGAGUGCUUAAAGGAACAGCAAGGCGCAGAGGAGAAGAAGGAGAUGAACAUCAUUGAACUGAGCCACAAAAAAAUGAUGAAGAAGAGAAACAAAAAAAUAUUUGACAAUUGGAUGACGAUCCAAGAACUGCUAACCCAUGGAACAAAGUCGCCGGACGGCACGCGGGUGUACAAUUCCUUCCUGUCAGUGACUACUGUAUAAUCAAUCCCCAGUGCUAAAUUAUGUACAUAAAACACUACCAGUGGGGUAGGAAUCGAUGCCUCGUUCAAUGUGGCAAGGUUUUUGUAUAUAAGAUACGGUCACCAAGUUUAUAGUUCAAAUACUGAACUCUACAGCCGUGGGUGCCAGGAUCUCCAUUCUGCAGUGGAGAGGAAGCUUGCCCAUCUCCUUCAAAGGCAAUAUUAGCAGUGCUUUUUGGAAUACUGAUUGUACUUUUUUACUUGUUACCUUUUACAUGAAGUGUUUAAAUAUCAGAAAUGUAUUAACCAUACUUACACAGGUAAUUUGCUUAAACUAUAUUCAUAUUAAAAGGUACCCGUGCUUUUCUUUACCAAAAAAAAA